CUUACAGCGGUAUGAUACGAAGAAGAAAUUUCACAUGCCGUGGAGGAAAAUGUGGUGGUGUUAUGCUUACUUGCUACCAUAAUUCAUAGCUGACCCGGGAUUUUUACGGGAAACGAUGUCCAGUGAAGAUUCCAGCAGUGAAGAGGACACGGAGAAACUGAAAGAGGCAACGUGGAGUUUUGCUCCUCCAAAAACAAAUGGCUCUCAGACUGGUCACUCCAAUGAAUGUGACAAGAAUGGCACACACAGUCGACGAGCUGUUGCAUCUGAGCACGAAAAGGAUGGCAAUGAGCUACAGACCACACCAGAGUUCCGAGCUCAUGUGGCAAAGAAGCUAGGAAAUGUGCUUGAUAGCUGCAUAGCAGAAGUUUCCAUGGCAACUGUGAACUCCAGCAGUGCAUUGUCUAGUCAGGAAAAUGAGAGAGAGGAGGAUGAAGGUUUUCUUCUCUUCUCGACAUCUGUACCUGGUAUGAGUGAACCACCUCCUGCUCCUUCACUGAAGCGAAGACCUCUCCCUAGCUCCAGUGACAGUGACAGUGAGAUGGAGACAAGAUUCAGAGAGGCAGCGGUGAGCAUCUCAGACAUUGUCCGCCCAUACUAUACAGAGAAAACGGAUGAAAAGAAAGACUCUGGCGAUGCAGUGGAGAACAAACAGGACAUGUGUCAGAGCUUAGUCACAGGGAAGAAGAAAAAGAAGAAGAAGAAGAAGAAAAAGAAAAUUCCUAAGCUUGAGGAAGAUCACAAAGAUGAAAGAAAAGAUUCUUCUAAUGGUGGAAACAUACAAGCACAGGAGGAGAGCACACAGAAGACUCCACAACUUGAUGAAGAGAUACAAAAGAAAAAGAAGAAGAAGAAGAAAAAGAAAGUUGAGGUAGCACAAGUUAACGGAGAAUGAGAGACUGAUGAUUGGUGUUAUCUUUGUUCAUUGAGUUUGCAUAUUUUCUACAGCUUUCCCCAGUUCUUUUUUGUCAUCAUGUGGGAAGGGAGACACUGUUAAGCCACUGUUGAAAUGUCUUCUGCCUGGAAAUAGUGGAAUAUGGGACACGAUUUACAAAACAGGAUGAAGAGAACAUUCCAAGAGAAGUUACUGUAGUUCUGUUCCCGAGCAAACGUUCCCGGUCAUUUCAGAGGAAAAUGUAGUUCUUCAUAAUGAUUAUGUUUCAUUUGUGGACAUGAUUUCUUUUCAUGCUGGCAUCCAAAUAUUAUAUCUUAAGGCCAAACAGUUGUAUAUAUUAUAACUUUGCGCAAUAAAAUUCUGUGAGGUUUUACAUUAAUUUGACUAAAAUGUAAUGUAAUUUUCUUGAUGAGAUAUGCACACUUCAAGCAAUAUCUGAUUUGCAUUGUGUAGUUAAUCUUGUAGUUUAUCAUAAGAAUGCACAAGUGACAAGUUGACAGGUAAAAAGGUUGAAUUUCUUUGUGUUUAUGGCAGUUUUGUUUUUAUUAAAGCAGAAUU